GUGCUCCUUCACUGUAAAAGGUCCUCUCUUUCUCUAUCACUAUAAUCCCACGUUCUUGAUCAACACGAAUGGUACAAUUACGAAAAUACCCUUUUCUUAUACUUUUACUGAUCUACCUUGGAAUCCAAGUAGAAUUAGAUGCCUCUGAUCAUCGCUACAGUGAAGGUGAUGUAGUCCCCUUCUACGCCAACAAAAUUGGCCCAAUCUCUAAUUCAUGGGAAAUAUAUGCUUAUUAUGAACUUCCAUAUUGUUCUCAAGAUGAUGUCAAAGAGAAGAAGCUUAAUUUAGGAGAGAUGUUGAAUGGAGAUCAUCUUGUUUCAACUCCAUAUAAGCUUGAAUUCCUUGUGGAUAAAGAUUUUGAAGUAUUAUGCAAUAAGACACUGAGAUCAAGAAAGGACAUAACAGAAGACAAGGAAGUUGAUGUGAGCUUCACAUACUCAGUUAAGUGGACAGUGACACAACAAUCAGUUGAUAGGAGAAUGGAGAAAUACAUUGGUUCUGCCUUUUUACCUCACCACAUAACUAUACAUCAUCACUCAGUUACAUUCUCAAGUGUCAUACUCCUCAUUCUGAUCAUUUCCCUACUGACAUUUUACUUACUUGUCCUUCGCGAAGACAUUUCCAAGAACUCAGUCGAUGUAGAAGAGGAUCAAGUGAUAAGUAAUCAAGAAGAGAUAGGAUGGAAGAAUGUCCAUGGUGAUGUAUUUAGAUUCCCACAACACAAGUCUUUAUUUGCUGCGGCUCUUGGUGUUGGCAGCCAGUUGUUUAUACUGAUCAUAGCAAUUCUUGCUCUUGGCCUCCUAGGUUUUUUUCAGCCCUAUAUUCGAGGAGUAGUCUGGAACGCACUUAUCAUUGUAUAUGCACUUACAUCUUUGGAUACUUCUGUUUCCUUUUAUUGUCAACUCGAAGGAACCAACUGGAUGAAGAACCUAAUACUGACAGGAGGAUUAUAUCUUGGGCCUCUCUUUCUUACUUUUACGUUCCUAGACAUUGUUGCCAUCUUUUAUGGAUCAACUACUGCAUUGCCAUUGAGAGCAAUAGUCAUGUUAUCUCUUUCGUGGAUAUUCAUAGCAUCACCAUUGCUUCUUAUAGGAAGCAUUAUCGGGAAAACCAGAAUGUCUGAAUUUCAAGCUCCCUGCAAAACCGCUAAAAUUCCUAGAGAGGUUCCUCCGCUGCUGCGUUGGUAUAAGGGUGUUCUCCCUCAGAUGGCUUUGGCAGGAAUUUUGCCUUUCAGUGUCAUAAAUAUUCAGUUGUAUUACAUAUUUGAAAGUGUUUGGGGGCAUAGCAUUUAUAUACUUUAUAGUAUUAUGUCCAUAGUCUUCUUUCUUCUUCUGAUCAUGACUGCUUUAGUUUCUGUGGCUCUGACAUACUUUCAGCUUGCUGUAGAAGAUCAUCAAUGGUGGUGGAGGUCGUUUUUGUGUGGUGGAUCUACUGGAUUGUACAUAUAUGUUUAUUGCAUCUAUUAUUAUUUCAAGAGAUCAGAGAUGAAUGGUUUCAUGCAAAUCUCCUUUUACUUCGGCUAUAUGGCUUGUGUCUGUUUCGGCAUAUUUCUUGUACUGGGAAGUACUAACAGCUUGGCUUAUUCAACAUAUGUAGACGAUAAAAUCCACCAUUUAAUCAAGGAACGCACUUUUUUGAGGUCACAAUUCCCUGGAUCUGAUGUGAUAAUUGCUCCAUUUUUAUCAUCAUCCUGUUAG